UGUCUGAGGGCCUGAGCUGUGUUUUACCAUCUUUCUCCAUGCAUCACGUAUUGUUGUCCCUGUUAGCAGCCGCGCACAGUAUUUAGGUUGUAGUUGUGGACAGAUGGCCUUUGCGGUGCCGGUGUGGCUCGCUGUCCAGGAGGAGCUCCUGUUCGGCGAGCCAGAGACAAUUAAUCCCGGGUCAGCUACUCCGAGUUGUUUCGAUAGUUUCACCGAUGAGGAGCUGUUCAAGGUAUUUCACCUCUCCAGACCCUGCAUCACAUUCAUCUCAGACGCUGUCCGGAACCGCAUGAAGACGUCGGAUUUUAAGAGACCCGCGCCGUCCGUGGACGCGAUGGUCAUGCUAGCGCUGAACUUUUACGCGCAGGGGCUCUUCACUCCCUCCGUGGCGCUGAAACUAGGGACGAACCAUCGGGUCAGCCUCACCACUGUGGUGAGCACCAUGUCCGGAGUCAUCGCGGGGAUGUCCGACGUCUUCAUCUCGUUCCCCCUCACCGCGGAAGCACGAGCCAGCACCGCCUCCAAGACGGAGGAGCUGUGCGGGAUCCCCGGCGUGCUGGGCGUGCUGGCGCCCGCGCACUUCAAGAUCAGAGCCUCUCCUUACGACAAGAGCACGUUCAAGUCCUUCAUCAACGUGCUCGGGUACACAUCGGUGGUGAGCCAGCUGAUCUGUGACUCUGAGGGCAACAUACUGAGCGUGGAGAAGUGCUGCGUGGGCAGCACGCACGAGCAGGACAUGUGGGACUCGUCGUUCAAGGGGAGGCAGGUGGAGGAUGACGUGCACGGAGCGUUCCGGUUCAUUGGUGGGAAAGGUUACCGCCUAAGCAAACAUGUCUUGACUCCCGUGCCACAGCCUGCAAACGACAGCGAGAUCCGCUUUAACGAAGCCCACGCAAAGAUCCAUGACGUCGUGCAGACGACGCUCAGCUCCAUGAAGAGGCGUUUCAAGUGUCUCUUGCAACUUGGGUUUGCGGACGACGGGUCUUUGAACAAAAAGUCCAACAUUAUUAAGACGUGCAGUGUGCUGCACAACAUUGCCCAAAAGUUUUCCAUUCCUUUUCCACCUGCAGCUGGUCAAACUGAGCCUCCAUAUUCAGGCAAGCAGUGCUCCUCAGUGGAGGUUGCCACCGAGGCACUAAAAGCCAGACAGGAGCUCAUUGAAAAGAACUUUGGUCUUUCCAAAAGACUGGACCCACUGGACUGAAAUGUUUCAAAGGAGGACGUGUAAAGAGGUUGUCGCCACGGUGAUCAAACGCAUGAAAGAUUUGGUAAUUGUUUUACGACAUAUGCCCGUCAUGACUCAACCUGCAGCCUCAGGAUUAUAAAACUGUCACAAACCACCA